CUUCUUUCUUUAGACCGGCCUCCCUCUCGCAGUCUCUUCUCCGCACCGCAGCAUCGUCUCCUCUCCUCCCCCUCGCUUGUGCUCCCCUCCCUGGGUGUGCCCGGUUCCCACCAAGGCCAGGGGUCUCUCGGUAGUGGAAGAAAGAUUUCGUAAGCAACUUUCAGUUCUUGGUAUGGUUGUUGUCACCAAGUAGUAUGGGUUUCUCCAGUUUUGUAACUUGAAUUAUGAUUCUGUGUAGGGGAAGCUUGAAUUCGGAAGUUGUCUUACCUAUCAAGGAGAGGUUGGAUUAGUUCACACGAGUGCUCGAUGACAGAUCGUUUUGCUCCUCUAAGGGCUCUUCUUCUCUUGUUAUUAAGUGCCACCUGUUUCAGUUCCGACCUUGAUGUCCAAUGCUUGAGAGAUGUACAGAAGUCGGUGAUUGAUCCUAACGGUAUACUCAAAUCCACAUGGACUUUUGGAAAUAACACUAAUGGUUUCAUAUGCCGAUUUACCGGUGUGGAGUGCUGGCACCCGGAUGAGAACCGAGUUCUUUCUUUGCACCUCAGCAACCUUGGCCUUCAGGGUCAAUUUCCUCGAGGUCUUCAGAAUUGUACCAGUAUGACUGGGCUGGAUCUGUCAAGUAACAACUUUUCAGGGCCCAUCCCUUCAGACAUCUCCCAUCAAGUGCCAUUUUUGACAUCUCUGGACCUCUCCUACAAUGGUUUUUCAGGCGAAAUCCCAGUACUUAUCUCAAACAUCUCAUACUUAAACACCCUUAAUCUCCAACAUAACCAAUUGAGUGGUCCGAUUCCGGGGCAGAUCAGUUUAAUUGCUCGGUUGACAUCAUUCAAUGUCGCAGACAACAGCCUAUCAGGACCUAUUCCAUCUUCACUAGGUGAUAAGUACCCAGCAUCAAACUUUGCUGGUAAUCAAGGACUGUGUGGGAGUCCAUUAGAUGGCUGCCAAGCUUCAGCAAAGACCAAGAGCACUGCUGCAAUCAUUGGAGCUGUUGUUGGCGUGGUAGUUGUGAUCAUAAUUGGUGUAAUAGUUGUGUUCUUUUGUCUGCGGAAAUUACCAGCCAGGAAGAAGGCGAAGGAUGAGGAUGAAAAUAAGUGGGCAAAGAGUAUCAAAGGAACAAAAACCAUCAAGGUCUCUAUGUUUGAGAAUCCAGUUUCAAAGAUGAAACUAAGUGAUCUUAUGAAGGCCACGAAACAGUUCAGCAAAGAGAACAUCAUAGGUACUGGGAGGACGGGAACUAUGUACAAGGCAGUGCUACCUGACGGUUCCUUCCUAGCUGUCAAAAGGCUACAAGAUUCACAGCAUUCUGAAUCACAGUUCACAUCGGAGAUGAAGACACUUGGCCAAGUGAGGCACCGCAACUUGGUUCCUCUCAUGGGAUUUUGCAUUGCCAAGAAGGAGAGAUUGUUGGUGUACAAGCACAUGCCCAAAGGUUCACUCUAUGAUCAGUUAAACCAAGAAGAAGACAGAGAUAGUAAGAUGGACUGGCCUCUGAGGUUAAGAAUCGGUAUUGGUGCAGCAAAAGGGCUUGCAUAUCUUCACCACACCUGCAAUCCUCGAAUUCUUCACCGCAACAUUAGCUCCAAAUGCAUCCUCUUGGAUGAGGACUAUGAACCUAAGAUAUCAGACUUUGGACUUGCUAGGCUUAUGAAUCCAAUAGACACCCAUCUCAGCACCUUUGUCAACGGUGAAUUUGGAGAUCUCGGUUAUGUGGCACCGGAGUAUGCACGCACUCUGAUGGCCACACCGAAGGGAGAUAUCUACAGCUUUGGCGUGGUUCUACUUGAGCUGAUCACCGGUGAGAAGCCUACUCACGUUUCUACUGCGCCAGAGAAUUUUAGAGGGAGUCUAGUAGAAUGGAUCAAUUAUCUAUCAAACAACGCGCUUCUCCAAGAUGCUAUUGAUAAGUCGCUGAUAGGGAAGGACAAUGAUGGCGAGCUGAUGCAGUUCCUGAAAGUCGCGUGUUCCUGCACACUCUCCACUCCAAAGGAAAGACCAACCAUGUUUGAGGUUUACCAGCUCCUUAGAGCCAUUGGGGAAAGGUACCAUUUCACAGCCGAUGAUGAUUUGGUGUUGCCACCUCUGAACACAGAUGGCGAAAUCCUCGAUGAACUCAUUGUUGCCCAGUAAUUGCGAAUUGAUAGCUUGCAGAAGACAAACAGAUGGUGAGGCUUUUCUGUUUCCCUCCAUGGGCAUUACCAUACUCAAGUGAGUAUACUGGCAUAAGAUGUACACAUUAGUAGCAGUAAACUGCAUCCCCUGUAUAGUUCUUUCAGUUUGGUACCCUUGGGAGGUGCUAGUAGCAGCAAGGAUAAUUUUUAUAGAACCAAUUUGGUGAUGAGGUAGUUGUUACUUGUAAGCUUGUUACCCUUGUGUCAUGGGGUUUCGCCAUUAUGCAGUGGUUUAUUGGUAGGCCAUUUCACAUUAUUCUUCUUUGUUGUAGUUUGUACCAGAGAAUUAGCAAUUUCACAUUACAUA